GGGUCCGGGAGAUAGGGCUAAAAAAAACGGGAGAAACCCGGGCAAAACGGGAGUGUUGGCAGGUAUGCACACAAGCUAUAGUAAAAGUGCCAAACUCUGUCCUGAAAAUAAGAAUGUGCGUCAAAAAGUGGGUUCAUUAACCCUUCAAUGUAUACGAGAUGACACGUGUAAGGCUCUUAAAAAGCAUACAAAGAGUCCCUGUAUGACCAAUGCACUGCGACGUCAGUGUCUCUCUGGCUCUGACUGGGCUGAGUUACCAGCAGCAACGUCACUCCCCGACGGCGGCAUCAGAGAGCAGCACGAACGGCCGUCCGCGCAGCAGCGAGUCGCUCCCGGAACUCGGUGGAGGAAGGUACAGUUGGACAGUAGGCUCUCUCUGCUUUGGGACUGACUAGACGGCCACUUCCCGCUUCUGUAGCUCAGUGUCUUAAGUAACACCCAGGACCAGAAGACUUGAGCGAACACAAGAUGGUGAUUACCAGCAUGGCAUCCCUCAGAAGGACAUCAAUGGCCAUGGACACAGAGAGCAGAUGUUUGCAGUGAAGAGGAGCAGCCUGGAGAGGAGGUAGUAACAGGUGCUGUGUGCCAAGGUGGAUUUGGAGGUGUGGAGGAGAGCUGAAGAUCAUGGGCAAAUCAAACAGCAAGCUCAAGCCAGAGGUGGUGGAGGAGUUAACAAGGAAAACCUACUUUACAGAGAAAGAGGUGCAGCAGUGGUACAAAGGCUUCAUUAAAGAUUGCCCAAGUGGGCAGCUGGAUGCUGUGGGCUUUCAGAAGAUAUACAAGCAGUUCUUUCCUUUUGGAGAUCCCACAAAGUUUGCCUCCUUUGUCUUCAAUGUAUUUGAUGAAAACAAGGAUGGACGCAUCGAGUUCUCGGAGUUCAUCCAGGCCUUGUCAGUGACUUCCCGGGGAACUCUUGAUGAGAAGUUGAGAUGGGCUUUUAAACUCUAUGACCUGGAUAACGAUGGCUACAUCACCCGAGAUGAGAUGUUGAACAUCGUAGAUGCCAUUUAUCAGAUGGUGGGGAACACAGUGGAGCUGCCAGAAGAAGAAAACACACCAGAAAAGCGGGUGGACCGUAUUUUUGCAAUGAUGGACAAGAAUGCAGAUGGGAAGCUGACUCUGCAGGAGUUUCAGGAGGGUUCCAAGGCAGACCCUUCUAUUGUUCAGGCAUUGUCUCUCUAUGAUGGACUUGUGUAGGAAUGUAAGAUGGAUCCAACACCGCAUCCACACACCAAUCCAGCACCAUCGUACCUGCGACGGGAAGGACCCACAUUUAUCUCACCCAGAAGUGGACUGAAACCUUUGCUGCGCUGGCCGUGUACGGCAUCCGUGUCAAGAAGCUGUUCGUCUACGUUUCCAGUUCGGAUUGUAAAACAAAUAUAUCCUCUGAUUGUGACGGAAAAAGUCAAACAUGUCAUUAAAAACCCCUCAGUCAUUAAUCUGUGCUUUUACAGCUAUGUGGCACCGCGUCCGCCCCCUCGAGUGUUGUGGACUGUGUACGAGCAUUUCUGCAAACGCACCGUCGCGGUUUCCCCAUGGACAGUCCAAGGAACUCAAUUCCCGCCUGAGAUGUUAGCGUGCGUCUUGUUCACAUACCGUAAACCAGGGAAUGCACGUGAAUCGCUCGGAUGAACUGUGCUGCUGCUUCGCCACCACGCGGAGAGACUCGAAGCCCGGGAGAACCUGGACAAAUGUGUUACUUGCUGAUAACGUGAACACUGACUUACAGUUACAAAGCAUUGUAUAAUGUAAAUAGAAGGGUAAUUUAUUUUCCGCUCUGCUGCGUUCAUGGGAAUUUCCUCAUAAGUAUGGAAUGAAGUUUUAUUUUUAAUCAAAGUGUUGAAACGUAUUGCACUGUAUUUUUCAUUAUUGUGGGAUUGUUUUUGUUCUCACAUUCUGAGGUUUCCUUUUUCUUCCUGAGAGAACAGGGUUUUUUUUGUUUUGUUUUUUAUUUGAAGAGGAGCAUUGAAGGAGCUGGGAUUUUACUAUGGAUUAUUUAUUUUACUAUGUUUGCACUCUCCUUCAUCCUAUUGUGCUUUCACUUCCCCGUUAGCACUUGCGCCUAGUGUCUGCAGUGUUGCACAGCGACAUCCUGAACGACACGACCAAGCAACACAAGCGAAUUCUCACAGCUUCUAACUGAACUGAGGCUCAUCAUUUCUUUUGAGAGCAUCGUACUCCACCCUGAGCGCACACAAAGCCCUGGUCAUUGAGAGGCACAAACAGACAUCAAUUCUGGUUGUAAAGCUUUUUGCGAGCUUUGUGGUUGCAAUUGUGCACUUUGUUUUUGUCCUGUGUGUGAGGCCAGAGCAUGUGAUGAUGCCUUUUUUUUUUUUUUUUUUUUUUUUUGUUCUUUGAUUGUUUAAAGUUACAGCAUUAAGAUGUUUUAUCAGCUUCACUAAUGUUAUGCCUUAUGCAAAUGAUAAUUUACUAAAUGAUAACUGUCAUUUACCUGUUAUAACAAUAUAAGAGCACAGAAUAAAAUGCAUUUAAGUGGCAACAUU